GACGUGGCUUUUGUCUGGUCAGAAAUGAAGGGCGCCGAUGAGGAGCAUCAGGGCAUUACAGCCGUCGCCAUUGAUGCAGACAAGAACAGCCAAUCCGCCGUCAAAUGGGCUGUGGAAAAUCUUGUUCAUGGAAAUAAUCCUUAUUGCGUCUUUAUUCAUGUUCAAUGCAAAACCACGCGACAUGAACAUUUGGGAAAUUUAACCAGGGAAGGUCGCGCACCAAAUCAGCAAGAAUUGCAGCAGCUCUUCCUUCACUAUCGAGGAUUUUGUGCUCGUAGAGGAAUUGAAACCAAGGAAGUAGUUAUCCAUGAUAGUGAUGUUCCAAAUGCUCUUAUUGAUUAUAUUGUUCAUAACAAAAUUCGCAAUAUUGUUCUUGGCGCAGCACAAAGGAAUGCUCUCAUGAGGAAAUUUAAGAACGCAGAUGUUCCUUCUACUUUACUCAAAAUUGCACCAGAAUCUUGUGCAGUAUAUGUAAUAGCAAAAGGAAAAGUUCAGACUUUCCGCUUAGCACGUCGACCUCUUCAUGCACCAACUAUUUCUACACACUCAACUGGCUCUGCACACUUGGCAGGUUCUGCACAUUCUGCAGCUUCCGCACACUCAGCUACUUCUGCACACUCUGCCGGUUCAACAUAUUCAACUAGUCUCAUACUUUCUCCCCUGAGACAUCAUUCACCUUCUCCUCCUUUUACUCCGAGUAGCAAUGCCAGUAGUACAUCUACUUCCAGGCAAGAAAAUCACUGGGAUGUACCAAUAGAAAGCAUGCACCCCAAGUUAUCUUCAGGUUUGAGCUCGAGAGCUUCCAGCUCUGGGGACUUUAGUAAGUGGUAUAUAGCUCAUAUUUUAAUCUACCAAGCAUUUGAAUCUCUUGUAUGCAGAGUCAGUUUUUGUGAUAGUUGGAAAAGUGAUGGUUCCAGAAAAGCUUUUUUAAAUCAAAAUAGCUAUAAAGACAAGUAUACAUUUCGAUUCAACGGAAAUUCACUCGUUGCAUCGCCAAGCAUUCGCUCCCCAGAAAGCUUAUUGAAUAGAGAUUUCAUGUCAAAUAGUGAAUUUUCAGGGCCAGAAAGUUUCGUGUCAGCCAACACAUCAUUUGAUAAUUUUGAAUAUUCCGCAUCUGAAAAUUCUAAGAGCUCCAACUCCUCACAACUUGCAAUAUUAGACGCAGAAAUGGCGAGAUUGAAGCUCGAGCUGCAGCAAUCUAUGGAACUGUUUAAUUCAGUUACCAAAGAGGCUGUUUUGGCCAAGAAUAUGGUAAGGGAGCUUCAUCGGCUUCAGACAUUAGAUAGACAAGAUGUAGAUGAAGAACCAAUCAAUGAAGGGGCUGAAUUAUCUUUAAUAGAAAUGGAUAAGCAGAAAACGGUUGCCAAAGAAGCAGUGCAAAAAGCUAAACGGAUAGCAGCAGAACUAGUAGCAGAAAAGAAGGUCCAUCAUGAAGCAGAAGAGAGGAAGAAAACAUUGGAAUCAAUGGAAAACAAUGAUUUUAGUUGCAGAAGAUAUACCAUUCAUGAUAUAGAAAUUGCAACGAAUCACUUUUCAGCAUCCCAUAAGAUUGGUGAAGGUGGAUAUGGCCCUGUUUUUAAAGGUGUUCUUAAUCAUAUUAAUGUUGCCAUCAAGGUCUUGAGGCCUGACUUGUCACAGGGUCAGAAACAAUUCCGGCAGGAGGUUGAGGUUUUAAGCAACAUGAGACAUCCAAACAUGGUUAUCUUGCUCGGAGCGUGCCCAGAGUAUGGAUGCCUUGUUUAUGAAUUCAUGGAAAAUGGAAGCCUGGAAGAUCGCCUCUGCAGGAAAGAUAAUACUCCUCCAAUUCCCUGGAGGACCAGAUUUAAAAUAGCUUUUGAAAUCGCCACAGCCCUCCUUUUCCUUCAUGAAACAAAACCAGAACCUCUAGUACAUCGUGACUUGAAGCCUGGAAACAUUCUGUUAGAUCCUAACCUUGUGAGCAAAAUUGCUGAUGUGGGUUUGGCCAGGCUCCUUCCACCAUCUGUGGCAAAUGAUGUUACUCAGUACCGCAUGACAGCAGCAGCUGGUACAUUUUACUAUAUUGAUCCAGAGUAUCAGCAAACAGGAAUGCUGAGUGUUAAGUCAGAUUUAUUUUCAUUUGGUGUUGUGUUGUUGCAAUUACUUACAGCAAGACCUCCAAUGGGAUUGUGCUACCAAAUUCAAGAUGCUAUUGACAAUGGAAAUUUCCCAGAUAUGCUUGACAAAUCAGUAAGAGAUUGGCCUGUAAAAGAGGCUCUAUCGCUUGCAAAACUAGCAGUGCAGUGUUGUGAGUUGAGGAAAAGGGAUAGGCCAGAGCUUGCUACUGUUGUUUGGCCUGAGCUAAAGAGGCUGAGAGAUUUUGCCCUGUUUAGUGAAGUUGAACGUGAGACAGUCAUACCACUAUACGGUCCUAAUGAUUUAAUUUCACCCACAAGAUCUCACAGAUGUAAAUCUUAUGAUCCAACUCCAUUUCUUAUUAUCUCUUAUACUGUGAUAUGCGAUUGCGAGUAUGAUGGCAAUCCUGAAGUGAAAAUGGAAAUACAUUCUGAUGGCAGAAAUAUCUCAGGACAAUAA